AUGGGACUCCUGCCGUUGACUUACUCGCGUCCCGCGUACGUACCACCCGAGGACUCGAGGAAAAGCCUCGAGUCAUUCAGUACAGAGAAGGCUUCUCUUCGCUCCGGGAGGUCUGGUCUGUCAGCUGGUAUCCCUGAUGCUCUCGCCUUCGAUAAGAUCAUUUCUGGGGAGACAUGUCCGCCCAUGUCUGUCCGCGACUUCAUGAAUUAUCUUCUUUUUGUCGAAUACUCGGCAGAAAACCUUCAGUUCUACCUCUGGCACCGGGAUUAUGUCCAACGAUUUGCCCAAGCCCCCAGGUCUGACCUCGCUCUUGCUCCGCAAUGGACCAGGGCGAUGGAGGAGGAGACGGUCUCCAGGCUGCAGAGGGAGGCCGCCGAGGAUAAGCGACGUGUCUGCACGGGUGCCGCGGAGAUGUUCAAGGGUACCGAUUUUGACAAGAAGAGGCCCAUAGAGACCGUGACGGAGAUAGACCCAUUCUCACCGAGAGCAACGACAAGCUACAGUAACAAGGAGUCAAUCUACGCGCUAUCAUCAAUGGCGUCAAAUACCAGCACUCUUCGGUCUCCCACAAGCGAGGCUUUCGCCUCCGUGGGUGCUAAAACUCCAUUCACCAUUCAGCCCUUCCGAGAAGAGAUCGACCGCAUCAUCUCCACCUACAUCAUGGUCGACGCUCCUCGGCAACUCAACCUAUCCGAUCGAGACCGCCGCACACUCCUUCAUGCCCUCUCCUACACAACCCACCCGUCCGCGCUCCGGAUUGCCUUCGAAUGGGUCGACUAUUCUCUCCGCUUCCAGAGCCACCCCAACUUCGUCCGAUGGUCCGUCUGCAACGGCAACCCGCCCCGCGUCUCUUUUGCUCGUAUGCUAGGUUUCAGCGGGAUUGCCAUGUGUCUUGGUUUCGCCAUCAUGUUGACUCUCAGCACAUCGGCGAGGGGAUAUCGAGCGAUCUUGGCAAUUGGCUGGGCUAUAGGCAUCUGUGCCGUGGUGGCGAGCUACCGAGGAAUGUGCAUCUGCAUGUAUGCCAUGCACCAUCGACACAUUCGCCCCUGGGAGCUCUUCCUGGACGCGGAGGAGAAUCCCGAGGCCGUAGGGAAGCGGUCGUUUGACUCGUUCGGCUCGAGUAACAGUUUCGAACACGAGCCGUGGCUAGUCAAGUACUCCGAGAAGAACCUGAUGCGCAAGAUCUUCGAUAAAGAGAGGUGGAUUGAAGAGCCGAUGCUCCGACAAAUUCAAGACACGAUCUUCGUGCAGUCCCUGCUUAUUGGAACUGCGGCCGCCGCUGUUCUUGCCCUCAUAUUUGUGCUCAUUCCUUCUGGAAAUCUCUUUUCCUUUUAA